AUGCUGUCUGCUUCCAGUGAUCCCUACUAUGUGGCCAAGGAGGAGGUGGCUAAAGCCAUGCAAAAGCUUCAAGGCUUGCAUCCGGAAUGGCGACGGCUUCUCCAGACAGAAAACACCGCGCGCUCGGAGCGCUUCAAGGAGCUUCACGCUGACCUUGCAGGCGAGCUGGAGCAGCUGAGCCUGGAUCUGGAUGACAUUCAUGCCACGAUAAGCAUGGUCGAAGGCAAUCGUGGCACCUUCCAGAUCAGUGAUGCCGAGCUCGCAAGCCGCCGACGUUUUGUGGCGGAGUCGCGUCAGACGCUGGAACAGCUGCAGAAGGAUGUCCGCGGACCGCAGACCCGUGCCAAGCUAGAAAGCGACCAGAAGGCGCUUCUAUCCACUGCAGCUUCGAGCGCGCGUGCUCGUGAGGAGCGACAAAGUCGAGCUGUACAGGAGAACCAGGCUUUCCUGGACAGGCAAAGACAACAGCAAGCGCAGGUCAUGGCCAGACAAGAUGAGGACUUGACUGAGCUGUCACUAAGUGCGCAGCGUCUUGGCAACACAGCUCAGAUCCUGAAUGUGGAGCUUAAAGAGCAGCAGAAGCUGCUCGAGGAACUUGACGAGGACAUUGACAAGGAGGCCGAAAAGCUGAACUUUGUCAUGAAGCGCAUGGGCAAGCUUCUCAAAACAAGCGACAGCAAGCAGCUUUGCCUCAUCAUCGGGCUCAGUUGCUUGAUGGCCUUCCUCCUUUUCCUCCUCAUCAACACAUGA